GAAUAGGAAGCAGUUAUACGGAGUAUUACUAGGUUUACAUUUGGUGUGAGAGACUAUUAGAGUUCAAGUUUUUGCCUAAAAUGUCUAAAGUGACUCUUAGUACAGAGUUUAGGAAGGUUGAUGUUGAUGAACUAGACGAGGAGAAGUACCAGGACGAACCAGAAGGCGGAGAUGAUUCAGACUCCAUUGCCAGCAGGGAGGCCGAAGUUAAAAAGUUUAUUUCCGGUGGUAAGAAUUUUGAAGCUUUGAAGGCAGCUUUGGCCGACCCACCACUUCAGACUAAAGAUGAAAAAGCAAAGAAACGUAACUUUGACAUAGUCCUUGAUGUCCUCACUCGUUUCAAGCAGUCGGACGUUGAGGAAGCUGUCAAUAAGUUGAACUCGGACCAGGUUGACGUCCUUAUGAAGUACAUAUAUAGAGGGUUUGCCGAACCAACCGAGAACUCUUGCGGGAUAUUACUAGUCUGGCAUCAAUUUGCGGUUGCUUCGGGAGGCGUUGGCUCAAUUGUCCGUGUAUUAACUUCAAGACAAACCGUUUGAGGAUGGAAAGAGAUAGAGAGAUGAACGUCUUUUUAAAAUGUUUAACUCUUCCUGUCUCCUAAUUAGUACUGUUGUAUGCUGUGUCUUUAGAUUCAUUAUUAUUAUUAUUAUUAUUAUUAUUAUCGUGUAGCUGUUGUAAUUUAUUACUUAAUUCUCUUCUUUUUCUGUUUUAUUAGUUUUCAAUUUUUUAUUAUGCAAAAAAGACAUUUCUCAAAA